CCAAGAUGGUACCACUGCACUCCUGCCUGGUGACAGAGCAAGACUCAGUCUCAAAAAAUAAAUAAUAAUAAUAAUAAUAAUAAAUAUUUCAGGGAAGAAUUAGAUGAGAUGAUUGUAAAAUGCAUAGCCCUAGCUGUGACCCAGAAUAUAGUAGGUGCUUGAUAAGAACUUCCUCCUUAAUAAUGGUUAUUUGUUCAGUCUGUGAACCAAUGUGAUUUUUUUUUAAAGUGAAAUCCACAUAGCAAAAUUUACCAUUGUUACUGUUUUCAAUGUGUUUUUUUAAAAAUUCAGGUAAGUUUUAUGUACUUUCUGAUUCUUAAGUUGGAAAACAAGGUAACCUCUAAUAUGGGCUGUGAGGCCUUCCUCUGCCCAAGCAGCUGAGGAUAUGAACCCUGAAUAUAAAGGGAUCUUAGGCUAGAAGGGAUCUUGGGCAGAGCUGAAUGGCUCUAAGCAUUUGACCUCACCUUAGUUUCCUCCUGAGAAGAGUCAACAGAGUCCAGCAUCUUCUUCCAAGGUCAGGAAAGGGCAAAGAUUUGAAAUUAGGCAUCACUGGGUUCUCAGCUGGGCCUGCAAGAUCCCCUCCUCCCACUAUGCAGAGCAAAGAGGAGGUUGCAGAAGAGAAGAGGAUACAGAUUGGUUCUCUGCUCCUCCCUUUCUUUCCCUGCUUUCCCCACACCCACCCUCUCCCCCACAGCAGCCUUCUCCCCCACAGAGGCUGGGAUAGAAUGAGGGGGGCGGAGUUGGGGACUGAGGGAUCAGAAGCCCCAGGAUGCCCUGUAUCUGAAGAAAGCUUUGGCCAGGGGCAGCUGUGCUGGCUCAUGCUCUCCUCCUGCUGCUGCUGCCAUCCUCCAGCAAGAUGCUAGGGUCUCUGGGGCUUUGGGCAUUACUUCCCACAGCUGUGGAAGGUAAGCGUCUACAGGGAGGGGAAGGGUCUUUCCAUCCAUCCAGCGAGGGAAAGGGAUGCUUGAAGCAAGAGCCACCCCUUUGGAAGAGUGGUGAGUGGGCUGGGUGAGUGAGGGUGAAGGACAGAGCCAUGUGUCCCCAUGGCGGGGCUCAGGUUCCAGCCCUCUGCUGACCCUGCUUCCUCCUGUGGCUUUACCAUACUGACGCUGGGAUGUGGAACAUGUUUUGUCUGUUCUUUUGGCCACUUUUUUGCCUCUGCAUUCACUCCCAUCUCGAAUCCUUUCCUUCCCCACCCUGGGCCUCAGCACCCCCAAACAGGCGAACUUGUGUGUUCUUUGAGGCCCCUGGAGUGCAGGGAAGCACAAAGACACUGGGAGAGCUGCUAGAAUCAGGCCCAGAGCUCCCUAGAGCUAUCCGCUGCCUCUACAGCCGCUGCUGCUUUGGGAUCUGGAACCUGACCCAAGACCGGGCACAGGUGGAAAUGCAAGGAUGCCGAGACAGUGAUGAGCCAGGCUGUGAGUCCCUCUACUGUGACCCAAGUCCCCGAGCCCACCCCAGCCCUGGCUCCACUCUCUUCACCUGCUCCUGUGGCACUGACUUCUGCAAUGCCAAUUACAGCCAUCUGCCUCCUCCAGGGAGCCCUGGGACUCCUGGCACCCAGGGUCCCCAGGCUGCCCCAGGUGAGUCCAUCUGGAUGGCACUGGUGCUGCUGGGGCUGUUCCUCCUCCUCCUGCUGCUGCUGGGCAGCAUCAUCUUGGUCCUGCUACAGCGAAAGAACUACAGAGUGCGAGGUGAACCAGUGCCAAGGCCAGGGCCAGACUUGGGCAGGGACUGGAGUGUGGAGCUGCAGGAGCUGCCCGAGCUGUGCUUCUCCCAGGUAAUCCGGGAAGGAGGUCAUGCAGUGGUUUGGGCCGGGCAGCUGCAAGGCAAACUGGUUGCCAUCAAGGCCUUCCCACCGAGGUCUGUGGCUCAGUUCCAAGCUGAGAGAGCAUUGUACGAACUUCCAGGCCUACAGCACGACCACAUUGUCCGAUUUAUCACCGCCAGCUGGGGGGGCCCUGGCCCCCUGCUUUCUGGGCCCCUGCUGGUACUGGAACUGCAUCCCAAGGGCUCCCUGUACCACUACUUGACCCAGCACACCAGUGACUGGGGAAGUUCCCUGCGGAUGGCACUGUCCCUGGCCCAGGGCCUGGCAUUUCUCCAUGAGGAGCGCUGGCAGAAUGGCCAAUAUAAACCAGGUAUUGCCCACCGAGAUCUGAGCAGCCAGAAUGUGCUCAUUCGGGAAGAUGGAUCGUGUGCCAUUGGAGACCUGGGCCUUGCCUUGGUGCUCCCUGGCCUCACUCAGCCCCCUGCCUGGACCCCUACUCAACCACAAGGCCCAGCUGUCAUCAUGGAAGCUGGCACCCAGAGGUACAUGGCACCAGAGCUCUUGGACAAGACUCUGGACCUACAGGAUUGGGGCAUGGCCCUCCGACGAGCUGAUAUUUACUCUUUGGCUCUGCUCCUGUGGGAGAUACUGAGCCGCUGCCCAGAUUUGAGGCCUGACAGCAGUCCACCACCCUUCCAACUGGCCUAUGAGGCAGAACUGGGCAAUACCCCUACCUCUGAUGAGCUAUGGGCCUUGGCAGUGCAGGAGAGGAGGCGUCCCUACAUCCCAUCCACCUGGCGCUGCUUUGCUACAGACCCUGAUGGGCUGGGGGAGCUCCUAGAAGACUGUUGGGAUGCAGACCCAGAAGCACGGCUGACGGCUGAGUGUGUACAGCAGCGCCUGGCUGCCUUGGCCCAUCCUCAGGAGAGCCACACCUUUCCAGAGAGCUGUCCACGUGGCUGCACACCUCUCUGCCCAGAAGACUGUACUUCAACUCCUGCCCCUACCAUCCUGCCCUGUAGGCCUCAGCAGAGUGCCUGCCACUUCAGUGUUCAGCAAGGCCCUUGUUCCAGGAAUCCUCAGCCUGCCUGUACCCUUUCUCCUAUGUAAAUAUGCAGUUUAUGUGUAAUCAAUGUACAUGCCAACAUAAACAUGGCAAAUGC